CUCCAUCUCAUUUCGUCUCUUUCUUCCACCCAAGUUCUCGACUACUCCUCUUCAACAAAUAUUCCUAUAACUACGCAUUCCUCCAACCAGGUCGAUCUUUAUCCUUGUCUACCCACAGUCAACACUUAUGGCGUCCCCAAGCCCCGAGGGCGGCGCCCCGCCCCCCGCGUCGAACUUCCCCCAAGAACCCUCCGAGUUCGACAGCGAUCCCCGAAUCUCCUUCUCAAAACUAGACGACAAAUUCAUCCUAGAGACAGACGACGGCCGGGAAUUUGAAUACGAUACGGUGUUGAAACGAUGGAUUCCGACGGUCGAUGAUGACUUGCUUCGGAAACAGCAAGAAGCAUACAAAGUCCACGGGGUAGACGAGGACGAGCAGAUCACGCCUGCGCAACUUCGGAACAAACGGAAGCAGCAGGCGGGUUCGGAUGAGGGCCCUGAGCAGAAGCAGAAGAAACAGCGCGUCAAUACCGCCGUCUACGUGACUUCGAUCCCGUUAGAUACAGAGCUCGAGGAGCUUCGCGAUGUCUUUUCCAAGUGCGGCGUCAUCGCCGAAGAAAUCGACAGCGGACGUCCGCGAAUCAAGAUGUAUGUGGAUGACCAGGGCAACUUCAAGGGCGAGGCUCUCGUCGUGUAUUUCCGACCGGAGUCCGUCAACCUCGCGAUACAGAUGCUGGACGACACGAAUUUCCGGCUAGGAGUCCCAGGGCCUCAGGGCCCCAUGAAGGUUCAAGUUGCGGAUUUCUCCUUCAAGAGCCAACAAGAUGCGCCACCCAAGGCCAGCAUGAAGGACCGGCGAAAGAUCAUUCAGCGGACCCAAAGGCUCAAUAGCAAACUCGCCGAUUGGGAUGACGACGAUCCGUCCGCUCUGCCGGAGACAAAUUCUAGAUUCCAAAAGAUUGUCGUUUUGAAGCAUAUGUUUACUUUGGAGGAACUGGAGGAGGAUCCGGCGGCUAUCCUCGACAUCAAAGAGGAUAUUCGCGAGGAGUGCUCGAAAUUGGGCGAAGUGACCAACGUCGUUCUCUACGAUAAGGAACCGGCCGGCGUGGCCAUCGCCCGCUUCCAGGAUGCAGACUCGGCGAAGCGGUGCGUCCAGGUCAUGGACGGCCGUUGGUUCGGCGGUACCCGCGUUGAAGCGUACAUUUCCGAUGGCAGCGAGAAAUUUAAGAAGACCAAUGAGCGACGGGCGGCGUUGGAAGAUCUGGCCGAGAAAGGUCUGGAUGCGGAGGACGAAGAGGAUCAACGCCUGGACGAGUUUGGCACAUGGCUGGAAAGCUCUCAUACCGUGGAGAAUACAGCCAAGUGAACGUGACGGGGGAUCGCCACCAGGAUACCUUGUCCGUUCAACCGUUGUCUUGUGAACUGUGAACUUUCAUUGACGUUGUUGCUGUAAUGCCCUCUGACGACCGACGCAUGUCCGGUCUGUACCAUACUAGUAGUAUCUUUACCAUGACACCUUUGUCUCAUUG